CCAACACGUCCUUCGGCUAACGCUACCCGAAAAAACAGCCUUUCUUUUGACUGCUGUUAGAUGAUGGUGUUUGAAUUGAACUUUUGUUUCCUAAUUUUGAAAUAACUGUUAUGGCAGAAACGGAAACAGCAACAAUACAGCUUAUAAAUCAUCAAGAUUAAUUAUAUAAAGAAUAGAAGUUUAACAAUUCCUGUUUGUUAGCCAAUACGGUUAAGGUUAAAUAUAUGCAGUUGCCGCUCUACUUUUCGACAAGGCUGCAGAUCUCAUCAAAUUCAAUGAUUGAGAAUAAAAGGCUAUUACGUUAUAUAAUGCAAUAAAAGCAAGUAGUCCUCUGAAAAAUUUUAAAAAAUACUCUGUCGAUUCUUGUAAAAUAUAUAUCAUGCACAAGCAGCAUAUCUAAUAGAUACCUCUGCCAAUAAUUGUUUUUUUUUAUGUUUUAAAAAAAUAAAAAUCACGCAGAUCUUUUUUUUUUUUUUUUUUUUUUUUUUUUUUUUUGCAAAAGAUUUUUUAAGAAGCACACUUUAAUAAGGCAUUUUUAAUAAGGCCUGUGAAAGAAAAGCCAAUCUAUCGAUCAUACAAUAUAAAAAAAAUUUCUAAUCUAUCACUCAAAUUUGGAGUAUAUGCAAGCUUACGAAAGAAUUCUGCAAAAUGUGUAGUGAAGUCUUUUCUUCGCAGGAAUAUAUGAUACCACAAAUCUUGACGGAUAUUAAAGAGAAACCAUUUGUUUGUGAUGUGUGCAACAGAGGGUUCUCUUUUCGAGGAAGUUUAAAGAGACAUUUAAGGACGCAUACGAAAGAUAAUCUGGGUGCUUGUAAUGUGUGUUAUAAAACAUUUUCUGUGUUAGGAAGUUUAAAGGACCAUUUACGGACGCAUACGAAAGAGAAACCGUAUGUUUGUGAUAUUUGCAGUAAAGCUUUUUAUCGAAAAGGAAGUUUAACGGCCCAUUUACGGACGCACACGAAAGAGAAACCGUACUUUUGUGAGAUAUGCAGUAAAACGUUUUCUCAACGAUCAAAUUUAAAGACACAUUUACGGACGCAUACGAAAGAGAAACCGUAUGUUUGUGAGAUUUGCAGUGAAGCUUUUUCUCAAAAGGUUGAUCUAAAGAACCAUUUAUAUACGCAUAAGAAAGAGAAACCAUAUAUUUGUGAGAUAUGCAAUAAAGCGUUUUCUCAAAGAGGAAGUUUAAAGAUACAUUUAAGGACGCAUACGAAUGAGAAACCAUAUAUUUGUGAGGUAUGCAACAAAGCGUUUACUCUAAGAGGAAGUUUAAAGAUACAUUUAAGGACGCAUACGAAUGAGAAACCAUAUAUUUGUGAGGCAUGCAACAAAGCGUUUACUGUAAUAGAAAGUUUAAAGAUACAUAUAAGGACACAUACGAAAGAGAAACCUUAUAUUUGUGAGAUAUGCCAUAAAGCGUUUCCUGGACGAAGACACUUAAUGAUACAUUUAAGAACGCACACGAAUGAGAAACCGUAUGUUUGUGAGAUAUGCAGUAAAACAUUUUCUGAGCGAGGAAAUUUAAAGAAACAUUUAAGUACACAUAUAAAAGAGAAACUGCACAUUUGAAAUGUAUGCAAUAAAACAUUUUCUAGUGGAAUCUUUUUAUGGAAAUAUUUUCUGACGCAUACGAAGCAGAAACCUCUGUGUGUAAUAAAGCAUUUAAUGCAAAAGGAAAUCGCAGCCCCAUUUACCGAUCCAUUCUAAAGAGUAACUACAUGUCCGUUGUGUUUGUAAUAAAGUAUUUUCUGGUCGAAACAUUGAAAGGAGAUAUUUAUUGAGGCAUGCAAAAUUAAAUCCACAUAUUUGUACAAAUAAACUGGAAUUAUGCAUCUG